CUUCGAUCUGUCGCUCAGUUGUUGCAUACUUCUCGGCGCGUUCGUUACGUGAGCAGUUCAAAAGAGAUAAGAUACAACUGAAAGUGAAAGAUAUUUCCAAAGCAGAUUGGACUUAUUUUUUGCUUUUCCAGCAGCGCAUUGAGUAUCACGCCCGCCUAAAAGCUCGCUACGUCCAAUGCGCACUCAAAGCGGUUUGAUAGCGGUGGCGCUAGUGCUGCUGCUCUUGCUGACGGCACCUUCCAGUGCGGCGGAUGCGGAGACGGAGUCCUCCGCCAGUCCUUUGCCACCUGGCGAUGAGCCACCACGCAGAGUGGUGAAGCGGGCGCCCACGUCCAGCUUCAUCGGGAUGCGGGGCAAAAAGGACGAUGAGCGGGACACGUCGGAGGGUAAUUGGCUGGGAUCUGGACCCGAAUCUGGGCCGGAUCCCUUGGACUACGCCGACGAGGAGGCGGAUAGCUACUACUCCGAAAACGGGCGGCGGCUCAAGAAGGCUCCGCUGGCCUUUGUCGGCAUGCGCGGCAAGAAGUUUAUCCCGAUUAAUGCCCGCCUGAACGACGUUCUGCAGAAUUUGGAGGAGGAGCGACUGCGGGAAAGCCUGUUGCAGGACUUCUUCGAGCGGAUAGCGGGUGAUAGAUCUGCGGUGGGCAAGCGGGCUCCCACAGGAUUCACGGGCAUGCGGGGUAAGCGUCCCGCUCUGCUGGCCGGAGACGAUGAUGCGGAGGCGGACGAGACCAUGGAACUGCAGCAGAAGAGGGCGCCGGUCAACUCCUUCGUGGGGAUGCGCGGCAAAAAGGAUGUCUCCCACCAGCACUACAAACGGGCAGCUCUGUCAGAGUUGUGGCACAAUUUCUUUAAAAAGUCCUACGACUUGAGGGGCAAACAGCAGCGCUUCGCAGACUUUAACAGCAAAUUUGUGGCAGUGCGGGGAAAGAAAGGCGAUCUGGAGGGAAACGGCAUCGGGAACGAGGAGAUCCAUCAACAGGCUUUUGGACAUCCAUGGCUCUAUCUCUGGGGAGAAAAGCGGGCGCCCAACGGAUUCUUAGGCAUGCGAGGCAAACGGUCAGCACUUUUCGAGUAGACAUCGUUGAAUGAUUCUAAUGAUCUUGAUGGAAGUUCCUCUUAGAGCUACGACACUAGGAAAAGAGUAGAUGGAUGGACGCUGGGGACCGGGAGAGCAGAUAUGGAAACAGAACGGAUUACAUGAGUGUUUCAAAUAAUCGCUGGGCUGGAGAUUAUUUCAAACACGGACACACAAAAAUAAACACCGAUAAGAUUUGCUCUGUUAGUUGACACAACAUUUCAGCUUAAUGUAAAACGAGACUUGCAAAUAAUGUUUUGUAUAUUUAAUUGGAAUUGAAUGAUGCUUCAAGGAUUGAGUGGGUUCAAUUUUACUAUUUGCAUAUCUAUGUGUAAACUUUUAAUCAAAAUUAUAAAAAACAUUAAACUAGAACAAAUUGUAAAGCACAAGAUAAACAGAAAAAAGGGGAAACAUUUAUUUAUUUUCAAAAUACAUCUACGUAUACAACAGAUAUAUACACCUACAUAAAUAGCACAAAUAAAUAUUGUAAAUAAUGAAUAAAUAUUUAUUUCAAAAACUAAA